AGGAAAUAAUAAAAUAAGUUAAAAUUAAAAUUGCAGUAGAAUUAAGUAUGUCAACGAGUAAUACGGAUACCGGUGAUACGGUAAAUAUAACAACAACAGAACUACAACAAAUAUGGACAACAAUGUAGUAAACGAAGGACAGUUAGCCAUACAAAUGAGCCAAGAUGAACCAGCACCACGUGAAGCUUUGAUAACAACUGCUGUUAAUUUUCUUAACAAUGCCAAAGUACGCCAUACUACACUGUCGCAAAAACAACAGUUUCUAAGGUCCAAAGGUCUUACCUCGACCGAAAUACAAAUAGCCUGUGAAAGGGCGGGGGUAUUUAGUCAGGAUCCUAAUGCUCCUACAGUUAUAAAGGGCAUAAAUGCUACCCAGACGCAUGCUCAAUUGGCUUUGCAGCAGCCUAAGCCUACAGCUUUGCAACGUCUCAAGGAAGUUUUACAUUCCAUGGCGUUGUUAGGGGGAGUAGCUUAUGCCAUAUCCAUGUUUUGGAAGGUGAGUGAAUAUCUGAACUAAAUUUCUGGCUAAUACUUAAUAUUUAUAAAAUUUAUAGAAAUUCCUGCAAACCUUUUGUUUGGUGGCAAAAAGAAGAAAUCCGUGGAUGAUGCCUUAAAUGAAAUCGACAAAAAGGUCGAUACCCGACUGGCAGAGGUUAAAACAGAACUGACACAGGUCAAGGAAAGCUUGGCCCGCGAACAACGCGAUCAAACUCAGCAAUUUAUGCGUGAAUUUAAUCAAUUUAAAAGUGAUUCUAGAGGCUAUUAAGGGAUUACUCUUAAUCGCAAACAAUUUCCAUCGCCUUUGACAGCCACUGUGGGGGCUCCCUCUAUACCAGCUUGGCAAUUGUCUUCUCCUCCCCUCGGCGCAUUUACGCAAUAGCCAAUCGAUGAUGAAAUAGCUAAUGAUACUGGCUCUGGUUCGGGUUCAUCGGAAACAGAGGUCGUUACCAAAAAUAGUGAUUCCAGUUUAGAAAUUAUGUAAAAUGAAGAAAAAGCUUUAUGCCUCUUACUUAA